CGUUACAUCGUCAUUUUUGGAAGCCCUUUUUGUGUUCAUGUGCUAUGCUUUUAUGUAGCUGCAUGCCCAUCUUAAAUAUCUCUGUACUUUUGCCCUAACUUAGCUCUCUUAGCUUGCACAAUCGGGAGAGGACUAGGGCUAGCUAUGUGAUUCAAAGAAAGAAUGGAAAUGGGGGAAAAAGAGUGAUUGGUACGUGGUAGCUCGAUGGGUGUGGAUGAUGAACUUAGCUGAAAGCAACUUUGUUGAACUUUUAAUUCAUUGCAUUUGAAUGUAUGAUUUGGAAUGUGCAAUUGUAUGCUAAGAUUGGGACCCAUUAUUGUGUGCUUGGUUCCCAUUUGCUAUGUUUUUUUUAUAGGGGGUUUACAUGGCUACAAAUGUUGGGAUCAUAUCAGUCACUUGAGUUUUGAAUUUUAGCAGAUUUGUCGCUUAACUUGAUUUGGGAUGUUGCGAACUCAUUGGCAGAGUCGAGAUGCAGAGUGGAGUGAACCUAGAUCAGUCUCAUCAGUCAGCCCCUUACGAUGUUUUCUCUAGCAUAUAAGUAUACGUGAUCACUUCAUAUACCAAAUAAUUGUGAAUGAUUGGCUAUAGUUAUAGCCCUCUCGAACAACAGGUGGUUCCAGUUCCACCGACUAAUAUGACGGCAAUCACGCGUCAUCAGUCUUUUGAAAAAUUUUAUGUAUGAAUUGUUCAAAUUAAUGUUUGCUUACAAACUAAUAUCUAACAGAAGAUAUAUAUACACUAAUUAAGUAAUAUAUAUGGCCCAUUACGCAUACUUGCUUUUGAUUUUAGAAUCGCAAUAAGAACAAGCUUAGGUGCGUAAAACUUCAUUUUGCAUCCACAAAAUAAGAAAAGUGUCCAUCUUUGGUACUUUGAAAUGGACAUAAAGCAGUGUGUGAUUUGUCCGUUUACCUAACAUAUGAACUAAAUAAAUAAAUUGAGGGCGAAAAGGGCAAAGAAAAAAGAAACCAAAAUGAUUGUUUGGUCCUUUAACUUUUGAACCUUCCAUGUCUCCAACCUCAAUUUCACAAAUGAGUCACUUUAAGUCCUUUAACCUUUGCAAGUUGUAACUAGGGCUGUGAGCCUGUGAGUUUGCCUACGAUUUUUCAAUUUUAAUCGAAACCAAAUUAAUAAGAAGUUUAAUGGUUUGAGUUUAAAUUGCUACAUCUUAAUAAUUUUGGUUUCGAUAAAAUUGAAAACCAAUAAGAAAUUGUUUAUUAACAUUCUAACUAACUCAAUACUCGUCAACAACACGCGUUGCGAACAACUUAUAUGUAAUAUACUUUUUUUUCCCCUAUCUCCAUGUCUUAUUGUCUUUCCUCACUCUAUUUUUGGACUUUCCAAAGUAUGGAAUUGACUUUUGGUUUUUUCGUUUAUCCAAACCAAACCGAUAACCGAUAAAUCUUUUAACAGUGUUGGUUUUCAGAAAUCUACCUAAUUUGGUUUGAUUUUUAUGCUUUACUGUUUGAUUAACCAAACCAAAGAGACAGCCCUAAUUACAACCCACAAAUACGGUUGCUAAAAGCAACAAAAUGGUUACCAAAACUAAUGGUGACCAAUUGGCUGUAUCAUGUUUUGGUUGCAAGCUGUGAUGGUUGGGCCAUGCUACUUCGAAAUAAUGGGGUGUUUCUGGAAAGCUAGCUAGCCAACAUUUAUUCUGACCAGAAAUUGCAGGUUUGGACAAGAGAGUUAGCCAUUAUUAUUUAAUGGGAAAUAGGCAAAAAAAAAAAUAAUACAUUUCUCUUCUGUAUGUUUUUGAAGAUACUGAUAGAACAGCUUGCAGAAGAUCUGGGAUUCAGCUGUUCCCUCCCUCUUCCUAAUGAACAAAUAUAGUCUAAGAGGACAAAUUCACAUAAUGGCUGUGGGUCCAUUUCCAUAUUAUGGGAGGUAUUUGUUGGUCUUAUUCGUAAUAAAUUAAAUCACUUCAUCAUGUGAUUAUUGGCCUUUAAUUCGGAACCGUAAUGGGUUGUAAAAUGUUAUCGUCGUUAUCAAUAUUAACUAAGAAAUUUUCAUCAGUUUGUACAUCAACCAGAUAGGAUGAUCAUGUAUCUUAAUUAAUAAAUUGCAUAAAAUUUAUGCAUGUAUCAGUAUUGGCGUGCUAGGUGAUCCGCUACAAAUUAAGUUACGUACCCUCAUCACCUUAACUUUAGUUAUGGUUCCAUCUCCAAACUUAAUUACGCGAAAACUUUACCCAAUUGAUCUUUCUCAUCUCUGACAAUACCGCCUACAAAAAUCGUACUAAGUGAGCGUUGGUGGUAACAGGAAACCAUGAGAAAUAAGAUGAAAAAGGGAAUGCUGAAUUGACCCUGAAUGGCACCAUGCACUGAUUGAUUCAUUCGUGCCCUGUUUUUCUUUGCCUUAUCUCACUCAACUACCAUGCAAGCUAGCUAUCGAUAUCCAGAGUUUGGAUAAUAUAUAUUUCCCUCACACGAAUAUUUCGUAAUUUUAUAGAAAAAAUAAUACAAAGGGAAAGGAGAAAUUCCAUGCGAUCAAAUGAAGAAGAAAGAAAAAAAAACAAUGCAGUUAGCAUAGAUUCCAGAGAACAUCAAAAUGAAGAGAUAUCCCAUCAAAAUUCAUUACCGGCUGCCUUCGUUUACACAUUUGGGAGAGAAAUUAAAGAACCUAUACCACAAUUAUCCACGAAUCUUAUAUCAUUUACUAACACAUUUUCUCAAAUGAAAACUAACUCAUAUGAGUUCGAAGUUCGCAUUUGUAUGAAUAUCAUGUGCUUAAUGAAUGGAGAUCGUCGAGAUUCCAACACACAAGGCCUCUCGAUUAUUGAGGACUUUGAUACCAGGUAAAAAACCCCAGUUGAUUUCAAUAACUUAACUUAUUAGGAGAGAUUCAAUUACGAAUCUGAUAUCAUUUGCCUGACAACAAUAAUAUCAUCACUAAAAUUGUAUUAAGACUCAACCCUAGCUAGCUUGUUGUGCAUUAAUGAACAAAUUAUGGGCCAACCAAUAAGUUGUGGCUUGGUUAAGUCCUUCCUCAUAUCAUAUGAUUAGUUGACUCAAUCAAGAAUUAUGAAAGUAUAUAAUCAAUUAUUUGUCACAUCACUUUCCAAACCUUAACCAAACUACAUUCAUCCAAAAAUGCCCCUUUUGUGGAAAUGAUUUGGUUGGCCGGUCGAAUUUUCCCGUUUCCACAUUCUUGACCAUCCCCAACUUGGAAGACAAGUGAUUAAGCAUAUCAAGUCCUAAUCAAGGAGCUAGGUCCCAUUAAUUAGUACUAUAAUAAUAAUAUCCAUCAGUAUUAAUCUCCUCUUUCUCUCUUACUUGGAAAAAUUCAUCCCCUAAAGCUCAAAGUAGUAAAGUCAUGGCAGUCUCCUUAGCUAUAUGGUCGUUGGUCCAGUGAUUUGAAUACAUUUCGACUGAUCCAUUUUUGGAAGACUAAGUCAUAAAACUCCCCUCAUUUUGUGGUCAAGGAUAAAGAAUAUGAAAAAUGUAUGGUAGAAUUUACAUGAAAUUCAUGGAUACGCGAAAUGUCAGUACAGAUAUAGCGAGACUACAUCGAAUUCGGGUCUGUGUACCGAUUGACCACGAUGAGUUUGAUUCUCGUAGCCUACGUACGUGGCUACAUUGCCUAAUGAUAUUUCAAACACACGAGACUACAAUCUUCCCUAUGAUAUGCCCGUCUUGACGAUCCACAUUCUAGUAUUAAGUAAUCUAAAAUCUCAAUUUCGGUAAAACUAUAGAUAAGAUGGAGUUUUCAGGCUACCGCGAGAAGAUAACAAAAUAAGUUCAUGGUGUAUCCGUAAACGUUAAGAAGCGACAAACACUUUCGUGCUAGCUAAAUAUUGUGCAUCGUUAUCACACAAUUAAUUAAUUAAGAGUGGUGCUUUCUGCAUGCAACAUUUUCCUGCUAUCUACUAUACAAACAAAUAGGACGUAUAAAUUAAACCUAUUAAUUAGUAAAAAUUGAAAUAAAACUAAUGAAUUGCUUUCGCGUGACAAAUUAGUAUAGUAUAAUAUGAAAUUAUUCCAUCAAUUCAUCAAUUGACAAUGUAACCCAUGAACUGAUUUCGCUGUGGACUAGCAUCUUUGGGGACGCCGGGCGGCUGAUGUUUGAUUUGUUCAUCUUGGACUCACUACAAAAAAUAAAAAUUAAUUGGACAAUUUUAAAUUCAGUCGAAGUGUCAUUAACAAGUAUAAAAAUGUCACAAUCGAGAUGCACUGACAUAUUACACAAAUGACGUACAACUGUCACUUAAUCCAGUGUUCUUUGGCAACAUUUGUUAUAAUUGCCAAUAUCAUUUCUCUGUAGCGUUUAUGUUGCAUACUACGCCACUUAUAAUUGUAGCGUAACAACAUUUUUUUGUAACAUUUAAAAUGUUAUAGGUGAUGCAGAUAGUGAUAUUUAUCGAGACAAUCAAAUUAUCAUUAUUAAAUUGUAAAUAUACAACAUUCAUAAUAUGGUAUGACGAUAUAUUCUUUCCUCUAUGAACUUUGAUUGAAGCACACACAACGAUUUUAAUUAUUUCAACAAAAUAAUUAAGAUAACCUAAAACUAUGAGGCGGAAUAUGAAUACUACUUUCGUCUUAUCCCACCUCAUACCACACCGUUCUAUAUCCAUUUUACCUCUAUUUAUCUCAAUAUCUAUUUUUAUUUCUUGUUUUUACCUAUCUUAACUCAUAUUCUCAUCCCACGAUAUUUUAGAUAAAGGCAAAACUUCAUCUUUCAACUAACUGGACUCCAUUAAUCUAUCUAUCAUCAUGAUUUUGCAUUUAUGAACUAGUUUCUCUUUGUUUUUAUCGUUAAAAAAAAAAUAUUUUCUUCAAAUAGUAUAUAAAAAUGAGUCAACAUGUCACUUCCCGUACUCGUGUGAAUAUUACCUGACUUGACUGUCGCUCAGUAUGAAACGGGUAUGAGUAUUCAGGAACUCGCCCCCUUCCUAUUUCCAUCAUUAAACCCAACCAUUUUACCCUGAAUCAAUGUUUGUAAAAGCGCACCGACGGUCCGACCAGAAAAACCUCCUACCGAGGGCUAAACCGAUAAACGAGUUUUUGCGGAACAAAAAAUUUGAACUACGAUUAAAUCACGGUUUCCGUAUAAUUUUUUUUUUUUUUGCCAUUCCGUAUAAAAUAGCUUUAUCGCUAUUUUUUCUAGUACAACCUCCGAAGUCCAAACGUGUGUUAAUGGGCUGCCACAUAACCGCAUAGACUCUUUCUUGAAAAAAAUCCAGCGGUGUACAGUGGCCAGGCCCAUUUGAAUUCUGCUGGGCUUGAAGUUGAAAGUUUCACUCUCCAGCCACUUGACUUGAAAUAAAACUCCGGUCAGCCGUUACAUGUGGGCAAGCAACACACCCAAAGUCUCUGCAGUCAUUCCGAAGCCCAAACAACUGCACUCUCAUCCCAUCUUCUUCCUCAGGUGAAUCGAUUGGCGGUGAGCAAUGGAGCCCGAUCCUUCUUCUUCUUCCUCAAUUCAAAUUCCAGCAGGGGAGUAUGAGGUCUUCUUGAGCUUCAGGGGCCCCGACGUCCGCAACACAUUUGCCGACCACCUCUACAACUCCCUGUCGCGCUCCAAGAUCAGGACGUUUAGGGACGAGGAAGAGCUCCGAAAGGGGGAAAGGAUCUCGCCUUCUCUGGUCCGUGCCAUCCUCGAAUCCAAGAUAUACAUCCCCAUUCUAACCAAGCAGUACGCUUCCAGCAAAUGGUGCCCGCAAGAAUUGGCCCAAAUGGUGGAUUGCUGGAAGCAAGAGAAGGGGCACCUCAUCCUCCCCAUUUUCUACUUCCUGGACCCUAGGGACGCAAGGCAUCAGCAGGGUCCUUAUGAGGAGGCAUUCGAACAGCACGCCCAGAAACACAGCAUUCGAACUGUGGAGGAGUGGAAGGAAGCCCUACGAGAGGUUGGGCAGAUGAAAGGAUGGCACGUUACAGAAUCCCAUGGACAGGGAGGUGUGGUAGAGGAGGUUUUGUCCAAGGUGGAGUUGCAUUUGAGGAGUGUUUACACGUUGGUGACUGAUGAGCUGGUGGGUAUUGACGCUCAUGUGGAAGAAGUGAUGAAGUUGCUGAACUUAGGCUCGUCCGAAGGGACGGUCAUCGUCGGCAUUCAUGGAAUGGGCGGUAUAGGUAAAACUACUCUAUCGAAAGCUGUCUAUAAUAAGAUCUGUAAGCAAUUUGAUCGUUGUUGUUUUCUGGAAGACGCGAGGGAGAUAUUGGCGGAGAGUGACGGAGCUGUAUGUUUGCAAAAUAAGGUUAUCUCUAGCAUUUUGAAGGACGAUUGCCAGGUUAAAAAUGUCAGUGAAGGAAUCAACGUGAUGAAAGAGAGGGUUGCCAAGCACAGAGUGCUUCUUGUUAUCGAUGAUAUUGAUGACAAGUUUGAAUUUGAUCGAGUUUUAGGAAAACUUGGGGACUUUUCUUUAGGUAGUAGAUUCAUAUGUACAACAAGAGACAAGAGGGUUUUGGAUUUCCUUCAAGGAUGCAAGUUGUACGAACCUGGAGAAAUGAGUCAUGAUCAUUCCCUUCGGCUUUUCAGCAAACAUGCUUUUGGGAUGGAGCAUCCUCUGGAGGAUGCUGCAACUCUGUGCGAGGAAUUUGUAAAAGUUGCAGCUGGGCUUCCAUUAGCUCUUAAGGUUAUAGGUUCACUUUUAUUCCGCAGAGAUAGAAGAUUUUGGGAAGAAAAGUUAAUAGAGUUACAAGAUAUACCUUCUACUGAAAAUAAAGUGCAGGAGAGAUUGAAGAUAAGUUACAAGGAGUUGAGCCGCACCGAGAAACAAAUCUUUCUCGACAUAGCUUGUCUUUUCAUCGGAAUGGACCAAGAGAUACCUUACUACAUGUGGUCAGGGUGCGAUUUUCAUCCAGAGAGUGGGAUCAACACUCUCAUUUUUAGAUCCUUGCUAAAAAUUGAUGAAGAAAAUGGAUUCUGGAUGCAUGAUCACAUUAGGGAUCUUGGGAGAGCCAUUGUCAUAGAGGAGGAUAUUCAACGUCCAUAUAGGCGCAGUAGGAUAUGGUCAUCUGAAAAUGGGUUGAACAUGUUAAUGAGUGGGGAGGGAAAUGAUCGAGUGGAAGUUCUUAGGAUCCAGUUGGACCAUACAGAUAGACAGCUUACAAACAAGGACUUCAAGGAACUGUCAGGAUUAAGGUAUCUUGAAGUGCAGCACGGUAGAUUGAAAGGGGAUUUCAGCGACAUUCUCCCGAAUUUGUCUGCCCUUCAAUUGUAUCGCUGUAAAUCAAUCCCCACCGAUCUUAACACAAAGAAAUUGGCAGUUCUCCAUCUGGAAGCUUGCUAUGUGACAGACGACUGGAGAGGGUGGAAGAAGGGAAUGCAGGCAGCACACAAGCUGAAAGUCAUUAACCUACCGAGCUGCUUCAAGUUGACAAGACCUCCCGACUUGUCGCCGUGUAAAAGCCUGGAGGUGAUGAACGUCGAGGAUUGUUCGAAGAUGGAAGGAGAGUUAGAUAUUACUAACUUCAAGAAUCUGAAGACACUGAGACUAGCCGGUACCAAACUAAGUAAGUUAGUUCCGAACAGUGGCGACAGCAGCAUCGGAACGCUUCGACGCCUCAGGGAGAUCGACGCGGCGGAGACCCAGUUGCAAGAACUCCCUGUUGAAAUCGACAGGUUGCCGUCGCUUGAGAUCCUGAACUUGAUAGGCAUAUUCACAGCCACCCAGCUGCGGUUGAAGCUGCCUCCCAGACUUCCCACGAGCCUAAAGAGAUUAUCCCUCUCGUCUCGUGAUGGGGUUCCGAAUCUCAUCGAGCUCAAGGAGCUAGAGUCUCUGAAGUUUCUCGGCUCGUGCAAUCUUCGAAUCCCAGGAGAGAUUUGGCAGCUAACCAAAUUGAAGGAAUUGACUAUACUGCAAUCCCCGUGCGAUACUCUGCUGACGACGACGAUUCAUCCUGCCACCCUCCCAUCUUCUUUAACAACCCUCGACGUUCAGGAUUGUGGGCCUUUGAAGAGCCUUCCCAGCCUGGCGAAUCUGCACAAAUUGACGUUUCUCAGCCUGAAAGACCUCGAGGCACCGGAGAUUCUCGGCGUGGGGGAGCUGAGAGCUCUGGAGACAUUGGUGAUAUCGGAAGCCCGGAACCUGAAGAACCUCGACGGGCUUCAGAAUCUGCUCCAUCUCACGUGCUUCAGGGCGCAAACCUGCGCCGCGCUGGAGAGACUGCCAAAUGUAGCGAGCUUGACCAAGCUGGGGUUACUGAUCAUCGGUGGGUGUCCUGUUCUCGCUGAGAUCCCGGGGCUGGAGUUCCUCACAGAAUCCUUAUACUUUCUAAAAAUCACUGAAUGUCCCAAGUUGCAGGACGUCGUGGACAGGAUUCCAUUCAUGUCGGCCCUGGAGUUUCUGAUUUUCGAAGAGCAACAUUGCCUGAUGGAACGAUUCCCUGACGUGUCCCGUCUCGGCGACCUGAUGUCGCUGGCGAUCCACGGCUGUCGGAAGCUGACGGAGGUUGCAGGUCUGGGGAGCCUGUCCGGGUCGCUGAUAUCGCUGACCCUGGAGGGCUGCACCUGGAUGCGGAAGCUGCCGGACGGUCUGUCCGGGCUCAGGAGCCUGCAGAAUCUGCACAUCAGUAGCUGCGUGCUCUUGAUCGACGCGACGGGGAUCGAGAGGCUGGAGUCGUUGCGCUACCUGACGAUGUCGGAUUGCUUUUCGAUCAGGGAGCUGCCGGAUCUGUCCGGGCUCGCUAGCUUGGCAGAAUUGGUGUUGAAGGGAUGCGUGGAGCUGAGGGAGGUGAAGGGGAUCGAGGGACUGGAGUCGUUGCGCAAGCUGUUGGUGACUGGUUGCAGGUCGCUGCAGGAGGUCGGGGAUCUUUCUGGGCUGAAGAACUUGAGUGAAUUUGAUGCGACGGGAUGCGAGCUGCUGAGCCCGAGGGACGGUAAUGGAGUCGAGGCGGGGAAGGGGGCAAUGGUGAAGCGCUUGGUGGGUUCGGCGGCGAGAUAUGGGAUGCUGCAGCUGACUCGAUUUGUGGGGAUCUCAGGCGGAGGACCUGGCGGUGGAAGUUCCUCUAGGCUGUUGCCAACCGAGGAUCCAGGACAUAAGAGAGCACUGGGCCGUAUUUGAAUAGAAUAUUAGAUACCAUAAACAAAAAUAUAUAAUAAUAUAGUUUCAUUACGCCAAUUGUACAAGAAGGUCUUUUAAUUUAGCAAAUUCAUCAAAAUAAUAUAAUCUCCAUCCAUAUUGAUAAUAUACUAUUUUUCAAAGAAAAUAGCUAAGUAAUCAACGACAAAUUCAUCGCUAAUUUUGUUGCACAAAUCAAUGUUCAUGUUCCAUUGAUGAAAAUAUUCUCUUCAUGGUAGUUGUUGAAACGGCUAGGCCAACACUAGACAAAUCAACCGACAAAUCAAUUUGUAUUAUGUGUCCAUCCCUAUUUCCUCCAGCUUAUCUAAUAAUUUUGUAAGAGAAGAAUUUUCAUCUUCCUCACAUGAGUAGUGCAUUCUCCAAAGAAUGCAUCUCGUAGCCUUCAAAGUCUCGAGGCUAAACUCUUGAGCAAAUUUGUAAAUAUUUUCUUCAUCAAAACACCAGAAAGAACAGUUAGAAUCUAGUGCCCCCACCCAAUUGAGGCAAUCUAAAUGAUGACUCAGUAAGUUUGUAAAUAUUUUCUUAAUCAAAAGAAUGGAAAGAAAACCAGCUCGACGGGCUGGCAGAGAAAUCCAUUUUGGGUCUGCUCCUCUCCUCGUUCUUGUUUUGUUUAGGGGGGAUUGGGAAAUUUUUUGAAUUUUGCAAGGAAGGGUGUGCUUUAAUUUAGAGUUUUUUAUUUUAUUUUAAUGAAACUUUAAACUUUUAGGUUUUCAUGUCAUUUUUCAAAUAAAAUCAUUGGGGCUAUAGAAAAUUUAGUAUAAAUUUAGAGUAAUGGUUUGGAUAUGUUCAUCUGAACCAUUUUCCUAGUUACACAAAAUCAUAUUAUCAAAUAAAACUAGACAUAAUUUUAAAUAGCACUGGGCCAAAUACCUAAAUCGAAAAUUUUUAUAAGCACUAAACUAAGGGCUCGUUUGGAGAACAAGAUUUGGAUCAUGGAUUUAUUGAAUCAAUAGAUUUAGUAAAAUGUUAUGUUUUUUUGUUACUUUUUGUAUCGUGGAUUGUAGCUUCAGAGAUUUUAAAUCUCUAAAUAUAGAGAUAUCAAAUCUCUCAUAAUUAGAGAGAUUCUACAUCUUGAUUUUGAAGAUUUUCUUUCUCCUACUAUAUCUCUUCUUUUUUUCAUUUAUCCCACUAAAUACCCUCACCAAUAAAUUCUCAAUAGUUUUCGAGCAAUCUAAUUAUUUUAGUUAAGGAUAAACAUAUCAUUUAAUAAAAAAAUUGAAUUUCUUUUUUCAUUGGAUGUUAGCAAUCGUAGUUACCAAACAAUGAACAUUUUCAAAUCUUUUUUCAACAAUCCAGAGAGUUAAAAUCAUUGGAUUGUCUAGAAUCUAUAGAUUUAGACUCCAAUUCUCCAAACGAGCCCUAACUCUAGAUCCGGAGGACAGCUGGGCCGGGGCCUGGGUUGGCCCAGCCCUGGAUCCGCCAAUGGCUGUUGAAGACCUGUUAGAUGUUUAUGUUUUACGCUGUCCCUUGUCCUCUCUUUUGAUUUCCUUCAAACUAGGGCUCCAAAUGAGCCGAGCUGAGCCGAGUUUUACCCAAACUUAAGCUUGACUCGUUAACAAAUGAGCUUAGCUCGAGCCCGAGGCAUUUAUUAACGAGCCGAGUCGAGUUCGAGCUAGACUUGUUUACUAAAUUCUCAGAUCGUAUUUAAUACAUUCAUUUUGUAUGUCGUGUAUGGUACAUGUGAUUGAUGUAGCGAUAAAAAAAUGAUCAAAUG